UGCCUCUCCGUGCAUUUUCCUCACUUGCAGUCAGACUUCAACACACUUUCUUUUUCUACCUGAGCCAAAAAGCAAUGCAACUGAGCGGUAAAGUCUGCGUGGUGACGGGAGCUGCGGCAGGGAUUGGAAAAGCAAUCAGCGAGGCUCUUUUUAAAAACGGAGCAAAGGUGGUUCUGCUGGACGUGGCCGAAAGUGCAGGAAAGAACCUCAUGGAAGUUCUCAACAAGGAGGACGGCCAAGACAGAGCUCUGUUCCUGAGCUGUGACGUCCAGUCUGAGGGGCAGCUGAAAGCUGCCUUUCAGAAAACCGUCAAAACCUAUGGAGGGAUGGACAUCCUCUGCAACAACGCCGGCAUCUUGAACGAGAAGGACUUUGAGAAAACCGUGGCCAUCAACUUUGUGGCCGUCAUCAGGGCAACCUAUCUGGCCCUGGAGUACAUGAGCAAGUUGAACGGUGGUCAGGGAGGCGCUAUCGUCAACAUUUCAUCCAUGGCAGCUUUCAAGCCUCUGCUGGGCAUGCCGGUCUACAGCGCCAGCAAGAGCGGCGUGAACAUCUUCACUCGAGCCAUGGCGGAUGUGUCCACCAGGUUGGGCUAUGGUGUGCGUGUCAAUGCCCUUUGCCCAGCUUUGGUCCAAACCGACAUGAUCACCAGCCUUCAUGCCAAAAUGGGUCAAUACUGCCAACUGGAGAAGCCCACCCUCGAAGUAGCAGACAGGGUUGGCAUGCUAAGUGUCUCCCAGGUGGCCGAGCGCUUUCUUGAGCUGGUGACGGACGAGACCAAGAACGGGGAGGCCCAACUGUUGGCCGCCAACGAAAUGAUGUAUGCCGCAAUUCCCACCACCGGCAUGACAAGUGACAAGCUGCAUCAGGAGCACAAAUAGAAGCCCCAACAUAAUGAAUGGAAACAGCUUGUCGUGUCUGAUAUUCACUGACAUAAAGUUCUAUUCGACUGUGUAUAUGACAACUGAAAAUAUUUUAUCUGCACUCAAUUUUAAUUCAUUUUCAUUUUUUUUUAAUGGAAUGAUUUCAUUGAAUUUUGUGUAAGGAUGUUUUAUGAAAUUAUUUUACACUUCUUCUGUAAAGCACUUUGAAUUGCUUUGUGUACGAAUUGUGCUCUUUAAAUAAACUUGCCUUGCCUUGACAAGGAC